CAGCAAAAAAUAAAACAGAUGGCAAAGUCCAAAAUUGCUUCCAUUAGCAACCGCUUGCUCCCCAGUUCCCAUAUGAUCCUUAAUUGAUCUCCAAGCCAAUAAACUAUUAUGGUUUCUGUACCACAACCACCAUUUUUUUCUCCACUCAAAUCCAUCAGUAUUAGUGCCUCUCCUGCUCAAAAAUUGCAAUACAAAAGCAUAAUUUUAGCAUUACCAUCCAAGAACCUUAAAGUUUCAUCCUCUAUAGGUCCUUCCAAUGCAGAACCAUUGUCACCAAAUUCAUCAGAAAAGCCCUUAGAAACUGACCAGUCUGAGGGUGAGACUGACCCUGUGAAACUUGCAUUUGCUAAGGCUAAGGCAUAUAAGAAAACAAAACAAUCUAACCCUACUCCAGAAAUUGUUCAGAGUCCUGUUCAAGAAUCUGCUGGAAGAAGUGAAAAGAGUGAGGAAUUGAAGCUCGAACUGCCAAAGUUGGAAGCUUUGAAGCCAGAAGAUAAGGGCAAUGGGAAGGAGGAGGUUCCAUUGACUCUUAAAUUGGCAUUAGAGAAAGCAAAAGAGUAUAGGAAGAAUAAAAGUGCCGUGGAGGAAAGUCGAGUUGUGAAGGGGAGUGAGCAAAAUUCAGGGAUUAAGAUAGGAAAUGAGGGAAGUCUUGGUGGUUCAGUAUUGAGAAAGGAUGAUGAUAAGAAGGAAGAGUUGAAGAUUUCGAGUAUUGAUUUUGUGGGGCUUGACUUCUCGGAGAAGAAGAGCACCAGGGCUUUGCCAGCUGGGCUGGUUCCAGCCGUGGACGCAUUUCCUGAGGAGGACUUGCCUGAGGUGGAGAUACUUAUUGGAGAUGCUAGCAAGUUUGGAGCUGGAGCAGCAGCACCACAGCCAAUUCAGGAAGAGGAUAUGGAUGUUUAUAAACCCAAGGUAUCCACUUGGGGAGUUUUUCCUAGACCGAGCAAUAUCUCAAAAACUUAUGGUGGUGGAAAAAAUAUACGCCCUGGGGAAGUACUUGAAACAGCUGCUGAUCGAGCUACUAAAGAAGCACGGACAAAACAGCUACUUGCUGCCUAUGAGAGCAAAAUUGGAUUGAGCAUUCAUCCAAAGCUGAAAUCUGAAUGUGAACAGGCUCUGAAGGAAGGGGAUUCAUUGAUGGAUCUUGGGAAGCUCAAAGAAGCAUUACCUUUUUAUGAGCAGAUCAUGGACAAGUUGGCUUUCCAGACUGAACUUUAUGGAUUAGCAGCUUUGCAGUGGUCUAUUUGCCAAGAUUCACUCGAUAGGUCUAAUGAAGCCAGAGGAAUGUAUGAAAAGCUGCAGUCUCACCCAAAUCCACAAGUGAGCAAGAAAGCUAGGCAGAUGAAUUUUGGUUUUCAGGCCAUGGAGAUGAUGAAGGUUACAAACUCUACACUUUCUCCUAAAAAUACAGGUUAUCAGAAUUAUUUUGAUGCUUUUAUCAGGGAUAAAACUAAUUAUCCUCUCGAAGAGGCUGAAGUUGAUGAAGCUGUAUUGAGCCAAGCCCUACCAUAUAUGAUCCUUCUUCUUUCUCCUAUUCUGAUUGUGGUACUCAUCGCUGCUCAAAAGGGCCUGCAAAGUUGAAAAAUGUUGUUGCAAGGGAGAGGCUUCUCUUUGAAAGUGUAAAUUUGUCACAAAAGUGUUUCUUUUGGACAAUUUCAUAGUCAACUUUUUAAUCAUAUUAGAUUUGGAAAGUUAGCUCUGCAGUCAUCAAUGCCAAGAAUUCUUUUUUUGUCCAGAAAAAGCAAAAAGAGAUUACAGCAAGCCAACAAUUUAUUCAGAGUUGUGAUAUAAACUUUUAUCUGGAUUGUUCAUUGAAA